GACAGGGAGUAUGAUAUUCGCGUGGAAUCAUUGGAUGAUGUAUCCAAUCAUCUUUCUGACCCUCAUCACCUACUUGGCAUACCGUUACAUGACCAGAAAUUUCGAUUACUGGAAGAAGCGAGGAGUAGUCUCCGUUCCUCCGACCCCCUUUUUGGGAAAUUUCGGUGGCUUUUUGACAGGCCAAAAAUCCGGUGGCAAAUUACUGCAGGAGAUUUACAAUUAUGCACCGGACGAGCCUUACGUUGGCUUUUUCGGAUUUGACAAACCACUGCUGGUGAUCCGGGAUACAAAUCUCAUCAAGCACAUUCUCAUCAAGGACUUUGAUCAUUUUCAAGAUCGAUAUACAUCGAGUGGUGAUUACGAUUUGCUAGGACGCGCUAGUUUAUUUAUGAUAAAAAAUCCCGCGUGGAAGUAUGUCAGAACCAAAAUGUCUUCGAUUUAUACAUCCGGGAGAUUGAAAAAGAUGGUGCAACUUCUGGUAGAAGUAGCCCAGGAUCUCGUUACUCAUUUGGAAUCCCUGGAUCUCAAAGGACCCGGCCGGACAGUUGAGAUGAAAGAGCUGUGUGCUAGAUUCACAACCGAUAUGAUUGCAACGACAGCUUUUGGGCUGCGAGCCAAUUCACUCAAUGAUCCGAAUGCUGAAUUCAGAGAAAGAGGAAAAGAAUUGUUCAUGGACACGUGGUACCGCAGCAUUGAGCAAAUCGCGAACGUCUUCGCUCCUUUUUUGGUGACACCACUAAGGUUCUACAGUUUUCCAAAGAAAUUCAGUGCAUUCUUGCGUGUUGCUGUGUGGGACGCGAUAAAUCAACGCGAGAAGUCGGGAAACAAAAGGCAUGAUCUCAUUGAUCUCCUGAUUGAGUUGAAGAACCAAGAGGAUAAUAGUGCCUAUAAAGAUAUCUUUGAAUUCAAAGGUGAUAAUAUCGUUGCUCAGGCAGCCGUAUUCUUCCUUGGGGGCUUCGAAACUUCCUCUACUACUUUGAGUUUUUCGCUCUAUGAACUAGCUGUACACCCUGAAAUGCAAAUUCGCCUCAGGAAAGAAAUUACCGAUGCCGUAGAAGUGGAUGGCGGUGAAAUAACUUACGAGACGAUUAUGCAGCUUCCUUACUUAGACAUGGUGGUACUAGAGGCCCUUCGGAAGUACCCAUCAUUACCAUUCUUGGAUCGCGUAGCGACAUCAAACUAUAGUGUUCCGGGAACGGACCUUGUAAUCGAAAAGGGAACACCGGUUUACAUUCCUUUGCUGGGCCUGCAUUAUGAUCCCAAGUAUCAUGAGAACCCAGAUAAAUUCGAUCCCGAGAGAUUUUCAGAAGCUCGCAGAGAUUCCAGCAAAAGGGCGUGGUAUCCGUUCGGAGAUGGUCCACACGUUUGCAUUGGCCUGCGACUGGGAUUACUUCAAGUCAAAGUGGGACUCAUCGAAAUGUUACGGAACUACGAGUUCUCCCCGUGUGACAAGACCGCGAUUCCCAUGGUAUUGGCUAAGAAAGGGCUGAAUGUAGCCGCUGAGGGAGGCGUAUACCUCAACAUAAAGGAGCUCAUCAAAUAAUAACAGUAUGACAGAAAUCAACUCAUGACUCGUUUUCACCGAUAUAAAUGAUGGUUUUUUCACUUAUUGUGCAAGGGAUUCUGGGAAAUCCCUUGUGCGAUUCAGAGAACCCCGAGAACUUCAACUAGUCGUGAGUUGAACGAAGAUCCGGAGCAAUCGCGGCAGAAUAAUUACUGAGUUUUUUGACUUUAUAGAUUAUGUUUAAUUAGGGAUUGAGUAGGGAUUCAUCAUGUGUGCCGCCUUUGACAUUAUUAGUAGUAGACUCUCGCUAGUUGCUCAUCGAAAGGGCUGUAGGGGUACCAUUUCUAAGAAAUGAGCAACUUUCUACCGGCCCCCACUCCUCAACCAAUGCCGACCCAAGUGCUCAGAAGAAUGAGAGGAAAUAGCUAGAUAAUCCAUGAGGUCUCAUUAUCAUUGCAACAACUGAACACAAAUAGACUACAUUGUAAACAUUCUCGAUGUUAUAAAAUAAAUUGUAACAUCAACAGAUAA